CUUGAUAACAUUGACUUAGACUUAUCACAGUCCUUGGAGUUAUAUUAUCCCAUAACUUCACAGCUCCUACUCCAGAAUCAAAGCUUCCUUCAGCUUACACUUGUUCCAUUCAGGUGAAGGGGCAUUAUUGUUAAUGUCUUCAAUGGGUGCUUCAGCUGAAGAGAACCUUGAAACAAAACAGAUGGAUGAGAGAAGCUUUUCAAUAUCUUCAUCACAAGGCCAACAACAGGCACCACCAUAUGUGCACAAAGUGGGAAUUCCUCCACGACAGAACCUGUUCCAAGAAUUCAAGGCAACCAUCAAGGAGACAUUCUUUGCUGAUGAUCCUCUAAGAUCCUUCAAGGACCAACCGAAAUCGCGAAAGUUCGUCCUCGGUAUUGAGGCCUUGUUCCCCAUACUCAACUGGGGGAGAAGUUAUAACCUUAAGAAGUUUAGAGGAGAUCUUAUAUCUGGCCUAACUAUUGCGAGUCUUUGCAUUCCCCAGGAUAUCGGAUAUGCCAAGCUUGCAAAGUUGCAACCAGAAUAUGGACUGUACUCAAGCUUUGUUCCACCACUAAUCUAUGCUGUCAUGGGUAGCUCCCGUGAUAUCGCAAUAGGACCAGUGGCAGUGGUUUCUCUCUUGUUGGGAACCUCACUUAGUAAUGAGAUUGAUCCUACUACACAUCCAGAGGAAUAUCUGAGACUUGCCUUCACAGCCACUUUCUUUGCUGGGAUUACUCAAGCAACACUUGGGAUUUUCAGGUUGGGAUUCUUGAUUGACUUCCUGUCCCAUGCAGCUAUUGUUGGUUUUAUGGGGGGUGCUGCCAUCACCAUUGCCCUUCAACAACUUAAGGGCUUUCUUGGGAUUCAAACAAAAAAUUUCACAAAAAAAACUGAUAUUGUCAAUGUGAUGCAUUCAGUAGUCUCCACAGCCCAUCAUGGAUGGAAUUGGGAAACUAUACUCAUUGGAGCAAGCUUCUUGGGUUUUCUUCUAUUUGCCAAAUUCAUUGGAAAGAAGAAUAAAAAGUUCUUCUGGGUGCCAGCAAUUGCCCCAUUGAUAUGUGUUAUCUUGUCCACUUUUUUUGUAUUCAUAACACGUGCAGAUAAACAUGGAGUAGAAAUUGUUAGAAACAUUAAAAAAGGGAUCAAUCCUUCAUCUGUUAAAGAAAUAUAUUUCACCGGUGACUACCUUGGGAAAGGUUUUAGAAUUGGUGUCAUGGCAGGCAUGAUAGCACUAACUGAAGCUGUAGCAAUUGGAAGAACAUUUGCAUCUGUGAAGGACUAUCAACUGGAUGGAAACAAAGAAAUGGUAGCAUUAGGAGCUAUGAAUGUUGUAGGUUCAAUGACUUCAUGUUAUGUUGCAACUGGUUCUUUCUCUAGGUCAGCAGUGAAUUUCAUGGCUGGUUGUCAAACUGCAGUAUCUAAUAUUGUGAUGUCUGUAGUUGUGUUCUUAACCCUGGAAUUCAUCACUCCCCUUUUCCAUUACACUCCAAAUGCCAUUCUUUCUUCAAUCAUCAUUUCUGCUGUCAUCAACCUUGUGGACUAUCAGGCAGCUAUUUUGAUUUGGAAGAUUGAUAAAUUUGAUUUUGUUGCUUGCAUGGGAGCAUUCUUUGGUGUUGUUUUUGCCACUGUUGAGAUAGGACUUCUAAUUGCUGUUUCUAUAUCCUUUGCAAAGAUUCUACUACAAGUUACAAGGCCUAGAACUUGUAUUUUGGGGAAGAUUCCUAGAACAACUGUGUAUAGAAACAUCCAUCAAUACCCAGAAGCUAGUAAGGUUCCAGGUGUACUUAUUGUGAGAGUUGAUUCUGCAAUAUAUUUCUCCAACUCCAAUUAUGUCAAAGAAAGGAUACUAAGAUGGUUGAUGGAUGAAGAAGAACAAGGAAAAGGAGAUUACCAAACAAGAAUCCAGUUUUUGAUUGUUGAAAUGUCACCCGUUACUGACAUAGACACCAGUGGCAUCCAUGCCCUUGAAGAGUUACACAGAAGUCUUGAGAAGAGAGAUGUUGAGCUUGUUCUGGCAAAUCCUGGCCCAGUGGUGAUUGACAAGAUUUACACAUCAAAGCUUGCAAACAUGAUUGGUGAGAACAAGAUCUUCCUCACAGUUGCAGAGGCAGUUGCAUAUUGUUCUCCAAAGCUAGCUGAGGACCCAUGAAAGAACAAUGAACAAUGAUCUCAAUUUUGCAUUCAAACAGAGAGAAGAGAAGAGAGAGGAAACUGAAAUGGGACAUGCACAAAUGUGAAAUGUUAAAAGAGAAGAGAGGCCAAUGUGGUUUCUGCUAUAGUCAACUAUAGGAUCAAGAGUGAGUGAGAUGGUCCAUCACUAAUAAAAAAAAAAGGAAAUAAUAAAGUGGGUAGAUGAUAAUGGCCUAUCUGAUAGUUAGUGCUAUAUGAUAUGGAUAUCCUUAUCCUAAAGUGGGCAAAUACAUAUACAUGCACACAAGUAUAGUAUAAGAUGUAAAAUCAUUAAAUAACUCUAAUAAGCAUUAACUCCUUCCCUUCUUUUUGCUUGAGAAACAAAACCAUAGGAAUCUAACCUA